UAUAGAAUAAUUGAAAUUCGUUUCAAUUUCCAUAUCAGUCUUUACUGAAAAGGAAAAGUUAAGUUUGCCUAUAUUGAAAUUAUCAUUACAUAUCUCUAAUGGCGCCUGGCAGGAAAUCUGCGGCUAAAAGAACGACCAACCAACAUUCCGGGGCGAAUACAAAGAAGUCUCGACCUAACGAUGAGACCACAAGCGCUGGAAAUGAUGCUACCGAAGUUUCUUCUGAACAAGCCUCUGCAGCUGGCAACCCCAUUCUAUUAGAUCCCUUAUUUGCCAAACACCUCAACCUGCCAGACAAACAAGAAAUACCUGUAUAUAAGGACUAUUCCUGCACACUCACCCGAGCUGACAUUGCGAUAAACAGGAAUGAAUUUUAUGUGAUACAAAUGACCAAAGUCGAAGAAAAAUACCAUGUGUGCUUUCGAUAUGGACGAGUGCGAAAUAUUUGCAAGAGACAAAACGGAGAGAGUAACCUGCAGGCCACCAAACGGACUAACCGGCAACCAAAACCGAGACUGCAGGUUAUUUCAUGCGCAUCAGAAGCCGAGGCAGAGAAAGUGUUUUGCAAGAAGUUCAAGGAAAAAACCGGCAACGAAUGGGAAAACCGAAGCGCGUUUGUUACGAAGCCUAACAAAUACACAUUGUUGGAAAUAGAUCUGUUGAGCGCAAACUCCACAGCUGAGACUAGCGACGACGACUCCAGCUCAGCGCCCAUCGAUGGAUUAAAUUUUGACCCCCAAGAGAUGCCCCUAGGACAACUCAGCAACAACCAGAUAUUAAAGGGUCUGGAGGCGCUCAAGGACGUCUUAAAGGACGGGCAGAGCCAAAAAACGAAGAUUGAGGCAAUGAGUCGCUUCUACAUGUAUUACCCUUGCGACGUCGGGGGGAAUGAUAAGAAACUGCUCCUACCGUCGCCUGCGGGAAAUAGUAAGAAACUGCUCCUACCGUCGCCUGCGGCCAUCAAGGAGCUGGAAAAGGCGUUAGAGCUCAUACUCGACAACAGAAGCCGGUCAACAUAAAAAAUCAAUGCAAAGUAUGAGUCGACCCAAGACAUUUCAAAGAUGGAGAAAAUUUAACAAUGCCAUGUGACAAGAAGUGAAAUACAAGUGGACGUAAUCCGCGGGAAAAUUGGGUUAACACAUAUUCAGUAUUUUUUCCAACUCAGCUGCUGGAGGAACAUCUGUGGCCCACAAAAGUUACAAGCGAAUGGGUAGAAAAUUGAGCCUGCGGCAUUGAAUGCAGCUUCAUAAGCGUUUCUACGUCUCAGCUCAUAAGUUUUAUCUUUAACUCCACAACGGUUCUUGAUUCGCUCAAGCUCAACCCGAUUCCCCAAUUCUGCUUCAACGUGAUUGUUAGUUUAAAGUUCAGUUUUUAUAAGGAUUUAUUUUCAUUCAACACUGAUGAAAAUACAUAUCUCUUAAUUAAUAUUGCUUAAUUUAUAUGAUUAACUUGUAUGUAUGUGGGACCAAAAUAAUAUAUAUCCACACUCGCUAAAUUCUGCUGGCAGCAUUGACUAUUUGAGUUAGGUGUAAAUGCGGUCUUCAGCUUAACGUAUUAUUUUGUGAUUUCUUAUUAUAUUUAUUUUAGAAUUAAGAAGUAUCUAUAACUGUAAAACCUUUUCAUGUGCUCAAAUUAAAAAAAAAUUGAACUCGCAUGAUAGAUUAUAAAAGAAGCUCUGAUAUACAAGAAGUAACGAAGGGAACAAAACCCAUACUAGAGCAACCCUUAACUUAAAUAGCAACCCGUAACACCUAAACUUCUAACCACUAUUAUAGGGUUCAUGGCUGCAUCAUAGUUCAAAUCAGCAAAAGCUGUCUCCUUUCGAUAUGAAGACGUCUGAUGACACCAACAAUAAACGACCAAAAAAUUAAAAUGAAACAUUAAACUCUAGUGG